CAGUCCGCCGCUUCUAUUCGAUCAACAAACACGUCGGCCGUGACCAAGCGCUUUGCCGCGAACAAUAAAACCUCACACUCGCCUGAUCGGAGAAACAUUCAGUGAGCAUCAGUUUUUUUUAAAGUGUAGUGAAAAUUAUUAUUUUUUCCAACUGUGACAAGUCAGGCGGGCGGAGGCUCGGGUGGGGCGCGUUCCGCUGACACAGUGGCUCAGUCAGCCGCCGGACGCCGAGUGGCAAGCACCAUCGAUUUUCUCCAAACGGCUGUACGCGAGUAAAACCAACAAUGCAUAUUGAAGUACAAGUCGCACUUAACUUUGUCAUAUCAUAUCUAUACAACAAGCUACCGAGACGGCGGGUCAACAUAUUCGGGGAAGAAUUAGAAAAAGCGCUUAAAGAUAAAUUCCGGGGUCACUGGUACCCGGAUCGACCGUGCCGAGGGUCAGCGUUUCGAUGUCUGAAAACCGGUGGUCCUUUAGACCCAGUUCUGGAGCGAGCUGCACGAGAAUCUGGCGUGCCGGUCCGAGAUGUACUGGAACACCUUCCACGGGACCUUGCUGUUUGGGUCGAUCCAGGCGAGGUGUCGUACCGUAUCGGCGAGAAGGGUGCGGUAAAAGUGCUGUUUAGCAGCGACGAACGUGCCGCUGACGAAAGGACCGAUAGAGAGGUAACCCGUGCAUUUAACCCGGAAGCGCAGUGUUUCCGGCCUGUGGAGCCAGUAGCGGCCCCAUCGCCGCCCGCGCCUGCGGCUUUCUCGCCCGGCCCGCCCUUCCGAGCGCAGCCUCUAACCUUCACAACUGCCACAUUCGCGCAAACCAAAUUUGGAAGCACCAAAUUGAAAACGAGCAGCAAACGCGCCAACCGCAUGUCACCCACCGAGUUCAGCAACUACAUCAAGCAACGGGCGGUACAGCAGCAGCUGGCAGCGCGCGCGUUGUCGCCGGCGACGGACCCCGCGGCGUACUUCAUGGCGCGGCGCGACGCGGCGCCGGGCGCGCCGCCCACGUCCUACGCGCCGCCAGCGCACUUGCUGCUAGCCAACUGAGCCGCGCCUGCGCGCUAGCCGCCCCGCGCGAUCCGCUCAUAGAGUCUUUACUUUUUUACGAGAGAGACGCGCGCCGCGAUUUAUUUUUUUAUUUUCCGCGGGGGCGUCCCGCGCCGCCCGCCGCUUGUGAUAUCCGUACGAUUUUC